AUGAGUAUUAUUCAGUAGUAACAUAGAUUCUUAACAGGAUCUAGUGGAGUCCCCUCUGCCGUUGCUGGACUAUGGCUAUACACCGUGGACAAUAAGCAGCCAACGCGUAGCGGACUUAUACGACUCAGGCGUCAAACUCUGGACGAAGGACGACCUGGCAGACAUUGAACGACAACUAGAAUGAUUCACUUUCUUAGAUAGAUUUACUAUCCGAUCUAUUGAUGGAAAACAGGUCCAAGAAACCAUUUGUUGAAUACCAAGAGUACUGGCUACUUACUGCUGGAAAGCCGGAGGGUCCUUCCGAAACCUACUACUGCUCCUAUCUAGUAGGCUGGCAAAAUCAGCUAAGACGAGACUUCCGGGGCAACAUACAGGGAUGGCAGAGACUUUUCGAGACUAAGAUGAAGCUAUGGAAUGCGAGUGUCACUUGUGAAUCUUUCAAGUCGCUUGUUGGUAAGGUCCUGGCUACCCACAAAGUGACCAAGAUCGUCUGCUUCGGUCUCGGCGAUAUGGCGCGUCGGCCCCCCCAAGUGGUGCCACCCCCCAAAAAGGCUGACCAAACAGUAGACGCAGAGUCGGAUGGUGCCGAAGUAGACUCAGAAAUGAUGCAACACGCGGCAGCAUUGACCAUGGCGGAGGAAGCCCGUCGCCAUAAUGGCAAGGAGGUCCAACUACUUGCGCAGGAUCCAGGGUAUACAGAUGACACCAAAGGUCUCUUAGAACGAAUGGGGUUCAAAGUCGUCGGGGAUUUUGGGGCCGGAGGCUUUGCAGAAGUCGAUGACGAGUCUAUUGUGUUUUGUGCCUAUGUCUCUGCUCCUGUCAAGGAAAUCGUUGCUGACCUCGCUCGCCCUGCUGCAUUUAUCAGCUUAUUUGACCAAUGGCCGCCUUUUAACAACAGAAAUAAACCGUUUGCGGACCCCGAGUCCCCCAGGACAAGGCAAAUGUGGCAAAGCUAUGAAGGCUGGGAUUUCCCAACUUCUUCCAUUGAAGUGGAGUUGAUGAAGGGGUUGCACAAGCUGACGAUAUUUGUCCGAACGGCAACAGAUGGUGCUGGCAGCACUUGAAACGAGAUCAAUUUGUUAGCCCCGAUAGCAUCCAAGUAAUUACUCAUCAUCAACCCAAAAGCGGUUGUAGGCAACUACAGGAUCUUGGUUGGUCCAACACAGUUAUGAGUCUUGAGAAAUACUAGCUGAAUGC